AUGGCCAAUCGUUUCAUUCUGCCCUCUUCUCCUGUAGUCCGAUGCCAAGAUCGAUUUGACCUUCUUGGCUCAGAUGAGGAGGAAGUGCCUUUCUGGGACCUUCUCACCGCGAUCUUGACCAGUAAAUCGGAACCCAUCCGUGAUGUUACGUCGUUCAUUGAUGCGCUGGAGACCAUUGCUAUCUCGCUGAGAGGGUCUCUGCAAAAUGGGAAUCAUAAUACACUUCGCGAGUUCAUGACUCUGUAUCUGAAAGAUGAAGCCCAACACGAUCAGUUCUUUGCAAGAACUUGGCCAUUUCUCGUGGGCCUGGCCCUGGCGAUGCCUACACUGUUUCCCGAUGGAACGUUACCAUGUAUCUCACCAGCAGGGAAUGAUACUAAAACGAUGAAAGCUACUUUCUCACGACGACAAAUUGCAUGUCUGGUAGUCCAUCAAUUCCUUUGCUCGAUGCCCUCACAUCCAUGGGAUACCGAGUCGUUCGUCGAUUUGAGGCCCUGGUUUUCCCAAUCAAACACGUCCCAUGUAGGCGCUGUCCAUGCAUACCUGACCGCACUGUUCACAUACUUUGAGCAUCUUCAAAAACCGGCAGAACGCUAUAAGUCUCGGAUGGAUUUGUCCACGGAUGAGUGGCCCAUUAUAUUUGAAAUUCGAUCGAUUGGGAAUAAUGAGGCAGAUCGACUCCUCGAGAAGGUCUCUUCGCGGACUCACCUUUCCUCGACAUCCAUCGAGAUAUGCCAUUUGCCGGAAUCCCAAAUUGUACCCGCCUUUCUUGGCCUUCCUCGCGGAGGAUGUGUGAUUUCAGCCAACAAAUGCUUUGGGUACGGCCCAACAGGCACACAAGAAGAGUUGCAUGUCGGCAUUUCUCCAGAAUCAUACCCUGCCGUCCUCCUAGCCCGCCCACUAUCCGAUCACCAGGUCCUGAUCUGCCAGGGCGCAGAGCCGAUGGUCUCAAUAAAAGGCUAUGGUCGAGAUGCCAAAUUGGAUCAAGUUCUGCCUUCCUCAAACCUCGCUCCAGAAGACUUCCGCCAAUGGAAAGAUAGGACAAUGCUUUUCAUGGACGCGUUGGAAAUGGACAUCUUUGGUGCAGAAAGCAGUUUUUCCAUUCCAGAUAUCGACCCUCCUACACGACUAUCUAGGGAAAUGAUUUCAAAGGCAUACAAUGCGUUUCGUAGCGACGGCAAAGCAUACAGCCAUAUUGUGACUGGUCUCUGGGGCUGCCGAACUUUCGGCGGAAACAAGUACGUCAAGUGCCUCCUGCAAUGGUGUGCUGCGAGCUUAGCUCAGGUGCCUGUUCUGAAGUUUGUAUUCGCUGGCUCUGAUCAAGAGGCAUUUGCAAAGGAGUUUACACUGUUUGCGACUAGGGUGAGGCAAGCGAAGGUCACAGUGAAGCAGAUCUUUGAAGCAUUGGCGGUGUUGAAAGAUUGUGGCUACGAGGUUGGCGCAGAUAGUGUUUUUGACUAUAUGGCGGGUCAACUUAGUAUUGAGUGGUAUGGAAAAUAUUAG